AUGGGCAAAGUUCUUUCCUCCAAAUGGUUUCCUUCCUUUGCAGAAGCUAAGGAGCUUGACCCUGAUGUCAACGAUACAAUAGCCAUUGAGCGGGGGAGUCCAGGCUUGCCAGGAUCACAAGGGCCACGGGGGUCCCCUGGCAUUCCAGGGGCAAAAGGAGAAAAAGAGGACCCAGGACAACCUGGAGAGAGAGGCGAGAAAGGCGACCCAGGAGAAACGAGUGCCCCAAACUGCAAAGAGCUCUUGAAAAGAGGAGUGGUCCUGAGCGGCUGGUACACCAUCUAUCCCCAGGACUGCCAACCCCUGGAGGUGCUGUGCGACAUGGACACUGACGGAGGCGGAUGGAUUGUCUUCCAAAGGCGGUCGGACGGCUCGGUGGACUUUUUCCGGGACUGGGCUGCCUACAAGAGGGGAUUUGGAAACCAGCUGACCGAAUUCUGGCUGGGGAACGACAACCUUCACUGCUUGAGCUCACUGGGAAAGAACGAAUUGCGUGUUGACCUGAUUGAUUUCGACAAUCAUCAAACCUUCGCCAAAUAUGCGUCCUUCCAGGUGGCAGCAGAAUCCAACUGGUAUCAGCUAACUCUGGGUGCCUUCACAGGGGGCACUGCAGGUGACUCGCUCUCCUACCACAACAACAUGACCUUCUCCACCCGAGACAAGCGGCAGGACCCCCAGAUGUUCAACUGCGCUGAGAAGUUCCAAGGGGCUUGGUGGUACCAUUACUGCCAUGACUCCAACCUCAACGGGAGAUACUGGCUAGGAGAAUACAAGUCUCAAGCAGAUGGCAUCAACUGGUAUACAGGGAAAGGCGGCCAUUACUCCUACAAGCGGACUGAAAUGAAAAUCCGGCCUGUGGCUUAGGCGGCUCCUUCAGCUGAUGGGGCUCUUUCUUUCUGAGGGCUUCCAAAGGGCAUGUAGUCCAUCCCCUCUGCUUUCGAUUUGCUACCUUGAUAGAGAGCUUGCAUUUUACAAAAUUCACAUGACUAAAUGGUCUUUGAACAGCUACUCCUUGGUGCCUUUGUUGGGUUGGGCGGGCCUUUUCCAUUUGUCCCCCCUUUCAGGUCCACUGGAGUUGGGCAGUCAAUGAAUGUUAAAUAAAUAAAUAAAAAUAUAU